ACUGUCUCCAAAUCUGAGUGCCAUUUUAGGUUCAUCUAGAGGCAAGUGAUUUAUCCAUUAACUCAGUGGCUUGGUUAUGCUGGCGACCCUCUGCUUGAGCACUGCCCACAGGGGACAGAACAGAGGCUCCUAGGGCUGCCCCUCUCCUUAGUGGCCAGAACAAAAGUGAGGGCAGAGGGAAGUGAGACUCAGGACUGGGUGGAUGGGGGGAGGCAGGAGGCUCACCCCCAGAUAGAUGGUGGGCCAGGAAGUCCUUGAGAAGACAGAGGUCUCCUUUUCCUGCUGAAAGGGUGAGUGUGGAAGGUCAGCUCCAUCUCAUGCCCCCUGGAACCUAAAUGGCCUCCGGUGAGGGUGGGUAUUCAGUGUGAAGCACAGGGGCCCACAGAGCUGGCCCAGAGCCAUCCUGUUGGCUGAGUUCUAGGGGAGGAGGAGGAGGGCCUGGUGGGCGCUGGUUCUAGCCCCUGGUCUAGCAGGGCCACUGCUUGCACUGCUAGCCUCAGAGGCCUUGGCUACCAUCUUUGUUUCUUUCUUUCUGCCCUCCAUGCAAACCCAGGUCAGCUACAUCAGUCAGCUUCUUCUGAGCAGAGGCAUCUGGACUGACCUAAAGGAUCAAGCCUAAAGAAUCAUUUGGGAUUCAGGCUAGAAGGUUGUUUGUGACCAUAUGGUUCUAUCUGGGCCUGGCAGAGUGGGAGUAGGGUAGGGGCCUAGCAUGGGACUGGCUUAGAAGGGGGCAGUUAUUCCAUCUCACAUGGAAAUAAACGUUUUGGAUUCCUGAUCAUCUCCCUGGGGUCUAAGACUCUGGUCAACAAAGUCAAAGUUGGUCCUGGGACUCACAGCUUUGUGUGCCCCAGGAAGGGAUGGGGUAGGACCACCCAUCCUUGGCUGUUGUCCUCUCCCCUGCCUUUUCUUCACUUAUAGGUUAGUGGCCCUGGUGACUGUCUCUUCCCUCUGAGGAUGCAUGGAGCAGCCUGAUUUGAAUGAGGGGUAGGGGUUUUGUUAGGGAGAGUAUGCGGGUUGGGAACUGGUGUGUGUGUGUGUGUGUGUGUGUGUGUGUGUGUGUGUGUGUGUGUCUGGUGGGGAAUGGAAUAACCAAGAAGCUAGCAGAGGAGGGAGGAUUAAACUUAGCGGAUCUCUGGCUCCCGCUGCAGCGAGCAGCGCCCCCUGCUGCCCUCAGGGGAAACAGCAGCCCCAGCUUCCCACAGUCGCAGUAGGUCCUGGCUCCCACCCCUUGGAGAUGCCUCUGAAGCUGCUCAGUCUUCCUCUGGUUGCCUGUGCUCCUUUGGUGGUCUCCAGGAUUCUUGUUGGAUUCUGGCUCCUGGAGGGCCAACAAGCACAAGCCUUGGAUCGAGGCAGAAUACCAGGGCAUCGUCAUGGAGAACGACAACACAGUCCUGCUGAACCCACCACUCUUCGCCUUGGACAAGGACGCCCCCCUGCGAUAUGCAGGUGAGAUCUGUGGCUUCCGGCUCCACGGGUCUGGGGUGCCCUUUGAGGCUGUGAUCCUGGACAAGGCGACGGGCGAAGGGCUGAUCCGGGCCAAGGAGCCAGUGGACUGUGAGGCCCAGAAGGAGCACACCUUCACCAUCCAGGCCUAUGACUGUGGCGAGGGGCCCGAUGGGGCCAACACCAAGAAGUCCCACAAGGCGACUGUGCAUGUGCGGGUCAACGACGUGAAUGAGUUUGCUCCGGUGUUUGUGGAGCGGCUGUACCGCGCUGCAGUGACCGAGGGGAAGCUGUAUGACCGCAUCCUGCGGGUGGAAGCCAUCGAUGGUGACUGUUCCCCCCAGUACAGCCAGAUCUGCUAUUAUGAGAUCCUCACACCCAACACCCCCUUCCUCAUCGACAAUGAUGGGAACAUUGAGAACACAGAGAAGCUGCAAUACAGUGGUGAGAGGCUCUACAAGUUUACAGUGACGGCUUAUGACUGCGGGAAGAAGCGGGCGGCAGAUGAUGCCGAGGUGGAGAUCCAGGUGAAGCCCACCUGUAAACCCAGCUGGCAAGGCUGGAACAAAAGGAUUGAAUAUGCACCAGGCGCCGGGAGCUUGGCUUUGUUCCCUGGUAUCCGCCUGGAGACCUGUGAUGAACCUCUCUGGAACAUUCAGGCCACCAUUGAGCUGCAGACCAGCCAUGUGGCCAAGGGCUGUGACCGCGACAACUACUCAGAGCGGGCACUGCGGAAACUCUGUGGUGCUGCCACUGGGGAGGUGGAUCUGUUGCCCAUGCCUGGCCCCAGUGCCAACUGGACGGCAGGACUCUCGGUGCACUACAGCCAGGACAGCAGCCUUAUCUACUGGUUCAACGGCACCCAAGCUGUGCAGGUGCCCCUGGGUGGCACAGCUGGGCUGGGCUCUGGGCCCCAGGACAGCCUCAGUGACCAUUUUACCCUGUCAUUCUGGAUGAAGCAUGGUGUAACUCCCAACAAGGGCAAGAAGGAAGAGGAAACCAUUGUGUGUAACACUGUCCAGAAUGAGGACGGCUUCUCUCACUACUCACUGACCGUCCAUGGCUGCAGAAUUGCCUUCCUCUACUGGCCUCUGCUUGAGAGUGCCCGCCCAGUCAAGUUCCUCUGGAAGCUGGAGCAGGUCUGCGACGAUGAGUGGCACCACUAUGCUUUGAACCUCGAGUUCCCCACAGUCACACUCUAUGCUGACGGCAUCUCCUUUGACCCUGCCCUCAUCCAUGACAAUGGUCUCAUCCACCCACCCCGGAGGGAACCUGCUCUCAUGAUUGGGGCCUGCUGGACUGAGGAGAAGAACAAAGAGAAAGAAAAGGGAGGAGACAACAGUACGGACACCACACAAGGAGACCCCUUGCCGAUCCACCACUACUUCCAUGGCUACCUGGCUGGUUUCAGCGUGCGCUCAGGCCGCCUGGAGAGCCGUGAGGUCAUCGAGUGCCUCUAUGCAUGUCGGGAGGGGCUGGACUAUAGGGAUUUCGAGAGCCUGGGCAAAGGCAUGAAGGUCCACGUGAACCCCUCGCAGUCCCUGCUCACCCUGGAGGGGGAUGAUGUGGAGACCUUCAACCAUGCCCUGCAGCAUGUGGCUUACAUGAACACUCUGCGCUUUGCCACGCCUGGCGUCAGGCCCCUGCGCCUCACCACUGCCGUCAAGUGCUUCAGUGAAGAAUCCUGUGUCUCCAUCCCUGAAGUGGAGGGCUAUGUGGUGGUACUUCAGCCUGAUGCCCCCCAGAUCCUGCUGAGUGGCACUGCUCAUUUUGCCCGCCCAGCUGUGGACUUCGAGGGACCAGAGGGGAUCCAUUUGUUCCCCGAUCUUCAAAUCACUUGCUCCAUUUCGCACCAAGUGGAGGCCAAAAAGGAUGAGAGUUGGCAGGGCACAGUGACAGACACUCGCAUGUCGGAUGAGAUCGUGCACAACCUGGACGGCUGUGAAAUUUCUCUGGUGGGGGAUGACCUAGACCCCGAGCGGGAAAGCCUGCUCUUGGAUGUGGCAUCCUUGCAGCAGCGAGGGCUGGAGCUCACCAACACGUCUGCCUACCUCACCAUUGCCGGGGUGGAGAGCAUCACUGUGUAUGAAGAGAUCCUGAGGCAGGCUCGUUAUCGGCUGCGACACGGAGCUGCUCUCUAUGCCAGAAAAUUCCGGCUUUCCUGCUCGGAAAUGAAUGGUCGUUACUCCAGCAAUGAAUUCAUAGUGGAGGUCAACGUCUUGCACAGCAUGAACUGGGUUGCCCACCCCAGCCACGUGCUCAGCUCCCAGCAGUUCCUGCACCGUGGUCAUCAGCCACCCCCUGAAAUGGCUGGACACAGCCUGGCCAGCUCCCACCGAAACUCCAUGGUCCCGAGUGCAGCGACCCUCAUCAUUGUGGUGUGUGUGGGCUUCCUGGUGCUCAUGGUCAUCCUGGGCCUUGUUCGCAUCCACUCCCUUCACCGCCGCGUCUCGGGGGCCGGCGGGCCCCCAGGGGCCUCCAGUGACCCCAAGGACCCUGACCUCUUCUGGGAUGACUCAGCUCUCACCAUUAUUGUGAACCCCAUGGAGUCCUACCAGAACCGGCAGUCCUGCGUGGCGGGGGCUGCUGGUGGCCAGCAGGAGGACGAGGACAGCAGUGACUCAGAGGCCGCCGACUCUCCCAGCAGUGACGAGAGACGCAUCAUUGAGACCCCCCCACACCGCUACUAAGGCCUACACCCCUCUUCAAACAGAGAGAGUUUUGCCCUGGUGAGAUAGAGACACCCAGAAAAGUGAGGACAUUCUGAGAGAAGAGAGACCAAGAGGGGGAGAGCUCUUCAGAAUGAGUUGUCCUUUAAUCUCAAAAUCCCGGUGGGCGCCACUGGAGUCCGCCCCACCCCUCCUCCUCCACCUCUGGGCUCUUCUUAUUCUGGUGUGGGAGACUGUGGCUGCCUUUUCUGCCCCUGAUGGCAGCCACCCCCUUAGCUCACCCUUGUCUCUGUCUCUCCCCCACCAGCUGUGC